GGCACUCAGGUAGAAAGCAGUGUUGACGCUGGGCGUCCUAGGUUAAAAUAACAAGUUAAAACACACCAAGUUAAGAAAGAAACAUUGAGCAGUUUUAGGACGCGUUAAUCUUUUAAUGGUUAGCAUGUUCCCGUCUGUUAGCAGGGUGAAACUUAACCGAGCCAUGUUAAACGAUGUCGGCUUAAACCUGGUGCCGCGGCGGAGGCGACUGCUGAAGUCGCUAAAUAACCUUGAAAGUGACUCCAAAACACAAACGAACAAUUUAGUUUGUGAACCAGUGUCACAGAAGGACGCUGCAUCGGUUCCUGGCAGCAAUGAACCCGUCCAAACUUUUUUAACGCGCCAUAUGGAUUCAGAGAGUGUGACAGGCGUAGCCAGAAGUCUCUGUGAAGGAGAGCCGUCGUCGUGCAGAAGGACCCCUAUGGACGUCAGACAAGACGAGGGAAACGCUAGAGGCAAGUAUCGACGGCGUCAUCCAAACACUAGGAGCACGGGCAUCUCGGCGGUCUCACCAAAUUGUGCAAGCUCAGAUUGUGGUAGAGAUAAGGUUUGCGCAGCUCCACGCAGCGGGUUGUUUAAACAGACAGAGGUAAACCUGCAGUACCCCCCGCCCCCAUCUUUCAAUGGAGAAGACUAGAGAGGCACCGUUUGCAGCAAGGAAGUCUGGCAAAGAAUGUCAGGUUAGAGGGAGACAUGCUAAUGGUAAAUCUCUGUUGAAUGGCGGAGGCAGAAGGGAGCAGAGGUUAGUGGAGGCCAUGUGGCCUGGUCUCCUGCACGCUGCUGCAGCACAAGUACAAGCCCGUCCUCCAGAGAUUGAUAGAAACAGACAUCCAAGCCCCACUGGACGGUCCUGUCCAGAACAGUGUUUGAGAAGAGCUGGGGGAGCACCCCACUGUGAUCUUUGUGUGAAAUGUCAAUACAUUUUCCCUCCGCACAAGAUAACAUGUAUGCACCGACCAAAAUUCACACGCCCAGAUUCAGAGACAUCUAAAGUUGAUUUAAAGAUCAAGAAAGGCAACGCAGUCCCCAAGGCCUCUAAGAAGAUUGUCAUAUGGCUAGACCAGUACCCGAAAGUGACCCUUUGUGACUUGUCCCAAAAAUGUCAUGCAUGCAGUCACAAUUGUGGCUAUGAGUUACCGAAUGUUCUCAAGCGCAAGGUUGUGCGUUGCUUCAAACGGGACAUGAGAGCUGGAUUUCAUUUAUGGCCCAUUUGUUUAGGAUAUGAUAAACACAAAAGUGAGAAAAAUCGUCUGGUUAAAAGUAGUAAGGGUCAUCCCAUUGUUGGGUGUGAGAAGAGAAUCUCCCUGUCUCAAAGUCUCAUUGAACACCAGAAACAUCAAGAAGAAGGUACAGAUUCACAGAUGUUGCCCAGUAUUACCAUAUGUCGUCUUCACAAGAGUUGGACAAGUGAAGAAUCUGCAACUUGUUCUGCUUCUCUCUUACUAGGUAAAGACACAAACGAGGGAGAGUGCAGGACAGGCAUGGGGGACAGAAAUGCUGUAGAGGACCAUGGGCUGGGAUCACAGACUCACAGAGACAAAAAAAUAAAGCUGCAGACUAGUGAAGGGAGCAGCAGCACUUUUGCGUCAGCUGUAAAAGAAAACUGUAUCACAGAGGAACCAUGUGGUCACGAUCCCACAAAAACACAAAUGUCACAAUAUCAGGACAUUGAGGAGGACACAGCUGAGUCAUUCACUUGCCAGAGAGUGAGGGUCUAUAUGAAAGAAGUAGAAACUUCAUGUGCACGCACCUGCAUGUCAUGGCCCUUCUCAAACAGCAACAUGACUUGUACUGCUGCCACACCUUGUUUGGCUGGGUCUGUUAAUCCGUCAACAAGGGAUAAGAGAGACUCUGAAACAGUCAGUCAAAACCUGCCAAGUUCAUGCAGCAAACAGAUCAAGGACACACUCUCAAAAACACCUACAGAGAACCAAAAAGAGAAUGGCACAAGCAUGUUAGCAGAGAGAAAUGGGAAAAGACUCAGUAAUAUGUCUUCAUUCUCAGACAUGGAGAUUGCACCGUGCCAUAUGCAGUCACUAGCGAGCCUCCACUCAGAUACAGCUUCGUUUUCCAGUUUGGCUCCCUUACACAGGGAGCCUGUCAUAGAUACAGUCUCAGCCUCAUCUUUGCUAGUUAAUGGAGCAGAAACCCACAGCUCCAUGUCUACACCUUCACCCUCAGCACUUGGCCUGAGUGACUUGGAAACUGACACUACUUUGUCUUCUCCUAUGUUCAUACACAGCGGUUUGAGUAGCCUCUCAGAAACACCAUCCCCCUUCCCACCAUCAACUCUGCUUAAGAAAGUCCCGUGUAUUGAAUUGAAAGCUGUGGAAAACACAUUGCUCAACUGUAAAGGAUCCCAGAUGGAUUCAUGCAGUCCAUCGCCAUAUGCUCCUGUACAUAACUCUGACUGCUCUCAGUCAUGCGACUCCUCCCUCCUCCUCCCACAAGAUGACAGCAGGAGUGAUGAAGAGCUUCUCACGAACAGGAGCCCACCAAAACUGGAGCCAUAUUAUAACAUAAGUCCCUUUAAGCACAGCAACGUAGUUGCUUGUCUUAAAGAGAACUUAUUAUUAUGCAACAUUUCCAAGGAACUUUGCAUGGAGACAGGAGAGUUCACGCUUCCACCUGUUCUGUCUCCUGUAGCUUCACCACCAAGGCAACCAUGGAGGAGAAACUUCUCCUUACAAAGUUCAGGUUGUUCAGGUGAAGAAAUGGAGGAAGAAGAAAGCAGUAUAUUUAAAUUAAAAGAAGUCUCUACGUAUUUCGAAGCUCUACAUGACAGCACUGAAGGGGAGCCUUCCUCCUCAGGCACUGAUGAAGAGGUGGAUGAAAGUAAUGAAGAGGAAAGCCAUGAUGAAACUGAUUGCGAACAUAAUGCGGAAGAUGCCAACAGGCAUUCUGAGCAAGUUCCUUUAGAUCCUAAACUAAAGGCAACCCUUACCUCAGGUGUUCUGACAGAAACCUGCUCUUCUCCUAGCAGUGAUGAAGAUGACAGUGUAACCUUUAGUAAUGAAGGACCAUGGUACUCUGGAGGAGAGCGGUCAAGCCCUCAAAUAACAAGCAGUGGAAGGGCCGUAGCUGGUGAUUGUCAGCCAGGUAGUUUGGAUGAGGUCACAGCUUAUGAACAGGAUAUCCUACUGGUGAAUGUGAUACAGGAUGAUCCAGAGCUGUUCACCGACCUGCCUGAUCAAAGGCUCCUGAAACUGGGUCCUACCAGAGUUAUUGAGGCCCCUAAAAUCCAACCCUCAUCCAACUUAGAUGGAGCAACACUAGGGUUUAAACAAGGAUUGACAGCAGUUAAUAUAACUUUCCACUGCAACAGUCCUGAAAACACAGAGGAGAGGAACAGCAGGCCAUGGAGACCACAGUGGAACACCACCACCACUAGCAAAACUCAAAACACGGGCGAGCAAACUCGAAAUUUGGGUAAUUUCGAUGUCAACAACAAUAAUCUAAAUGAUGGCCUGGAAUGGAGCCCCCCCACCAAAACAGCGAACCCACCUCAUGACAUGAUCUCCCUGCUUAGGCCAAAAGGAAAUGGCCCGUGGAUCACAAACUCAGCAAACACAACAGAUUUUAGACGCCAGAAAUCUGAUCCAUACUGCAGACAUUACUUCAGUGAAUCACUGUCCUGCGGGUUCAAAAUGUGUCGCUUCCAACAUCUGCCUUUGCAGGGGGAUGAGAAGUUCUGUGCUGAAAUUGUAACAAGGUUCACAAAAAAUCCAGCGUGCCUCCAGAAAGCAGGAGCUGUGUUUACAGGAUACUACCAGAAAAACCCACCAGGAGUGUAUUUCUCCAUGCCAGCUCUUCUGUCCCUCCUCUGGGCUUUGCUCAAAGCCGGCAUGGUGUGUGACGUCUUUUCGGUUCUCAGUGUCAGCUUGGCUCACAAAAUAGUGCCUGGUCAUGAGUUCCUGCUAGCCCUUUAUAACUUUGUGAGAGAAAAGGGUUUCACAAGUCUUGUGCCCGAACUCAUCCAGCUCACAUUUAAGAUGGCUAAUGCAGGUCUAGAGCUGAGUUUGGAUUGCCUUGAUUGUGUAAAAAAUGCUCCUGUGUUCCAGCAGAAGGUUUGUCCAGAUUCACCUGGUUCACUGUCUAGCAACCACAAAUCAUCCACGGGUGCACCCAUGCCAGAGUGCCUGGAUUUAGCCCUUGCUGUUGUGGAAAUAGAGCUUUGUACCACUCAGGAGGACUGGAGGCGGAUGGGAGAUGUUCUCAGGUCAAUCUGCCACUCGGGCCAGCACCCGAAUCAAGUGGAACGCCUCAGUGGUCGCAUCGCUAUUGCUCUCCUGUCUGAGAGCAAAGACAAGCUGUCACUGCCAUUUGCUGCCUUUGCUAAGACAGUGUAUCAGAAGGAAGGUGAGGACAGCCUGAUCAUUGGGUUUGUAGGCAGAAUUGGUGUCUCUCUGAUGUUGAGAUACCACAAGACGCACCAGUGGGUCAAGGGUCGGAAGGUGGUGGAGAUAAUGUCCCUUUCAAAAAUCAACUAUUCGACACUGAAGGGUCUGUUUGGGAAUGAAAACGGAGCGUCACGCUGCUGCCUGGUCACUGUGGCUACGGAGCUUUUCCUCCGGAGUGGCAGCGUGCAGGGAGCUCUACAUACGCUGCGAGAGAACGAAUGGUUCCUGAGCUCACUCUCGUGGCCGUGCGAGCCCGCUGAUCUAGAGAGUAGGACCGGUUUGUUGAUCCGUCUGUCGGAGAAAACCUCUCACAGAGAGACGUUGGAGGUGCUCUGUAAUCUCCCAGGGAUUAAAGAGCCAAAUGGCACGAUAGACAUCUCCAGGUACAGUCAUCUGUUUAACACUCACCUGCAAGCGUGUGUGGACAGACAGAUUCUUCCUGUCGCUUCCGACACCAUCAUCUUCAUGUUGUCCAAAAAACUGCCAGUGGACCACAAAGUGCUUAAGAUGCUUUUCCACAAACUGGGCCAGCAAAGCCUCUGGUUGCGAGCACGGGAGGUCUUCAGAUGCUGUCUCAGUGGGGGUUACUACCCUGGAGUAUUUGCCACCCCUGGGUGCAGGACACUCCUCCUCCCCUGUCAGCUGGGAGAGGUCGAGCUGGCCCUCACAUUUGAGAUGUUCAUCGCUGUCAACGCAACAGUCAUUCUCCAGCUUUCAGAAACCACCACAUCUUCUCUUAGCAUCACUCUUAAAAGGACUCUGAGCUGUGAGAGAGCCUACCUCUCUGCUGGUAGCCGUCUCCUCUCUGCAGCCUGUAUCCUUCAGCCCAAAGUAACUGUCCACUACGUAGCAGUUAACUCUUUACAAGAGCAAGUUUUCUCACUUGAUGUCCCCUCCGCUCGCCGCUGGCUCCGCUGCAAUCAUUUGUGGGCCAAUGAGGUUUGGACACACUGAGAUUUUUCUGAUUCUGAUGAUUUCUGAUUCUGAUGUAGGUUUGUUUCCUUGCAACUCCCCCACCCGCCCUCCAGAUUUGUCUUGAGAUAUGUUCGUAGGUUUGUUUUCUUUGUCAUCAGUUUUUUUACUAUUUCCUAAAUUGUUUUGUCUGAUUUGUUUAUAAUGUUCGUGUUAUUCAUUUAUUUUGGAAUGGCUGUGGAUUGUGUAAUAUUUCUCCCUUUUUUCCCCUUUUUGGGUGAGGAAGGUUUUAUAAAGACAUGUUUUGCUACAAAAAAGAAAA